GCGACAAAUAAUGUACCGUUUGAAGAAUAAAUGCAUCAAGAUCAUGUAACAAGUGGUACUACAAGUAGUAUCACGUUUUUGUAAAAAAAGGCUUCCGCUUCGCACGUGCGCGUGAUCAUAAUGCCCACCUCCACCUGUAAGAAUGAAGCUCCGUUGCUUCAUCUUGAACAGCUCGACGCUUUGUACGACUUCGCCAAUGUUCAGAAGGAAAAUUUGCAACGUCCCGAUGGAUCUCAAUUUCGCGUAGUGUGCCUGGUCCGAUAUGCGAAAUAUAUGCAGUCGUCGACGCUCAAAUGGAGCACGAGAUCACCAGGGACUGGUGAAUCUGCUACAACAAGGAGUACAGCUUCAGAGAUAUCGUUGAGGGAUGGUGGAGUUGGAGCUACAAGCGUUACAGCGGCCCCCCCCUCAGGAGGGGAGCUGGUGCCAGGAGUCGACGACAAUGGACAACUCCUUGAUGUUCUGGGUGAUGAGCAGUGUCGGAUAAUGGUCGGUGCCAAUAUGGAAACCACGUCGCUUUGUGGUGGCGUCUGCGCGGAGCGCGUUGCGUUGACGAAUUUGCGCGUGCGUGAGGGCGACGCAACGACGGUAUUGCAGUUGCUGAUAAUAACGGAUGCCACAGACUACAUUGCACCUGGGGCGAUGUGCCGGGAGUUCAUGGCAGAGCACUUUGGAAUCUACGAAACACGUGUCCCGAUCUAUCUAGCAGCAGCGGACCGCAAGCCAUCGACGGACCACCUCUGCGUUUUUCUUCAGGACCUCUGGCCCUUUCCAUGUCCUUUCAUCGGGGUGAAAAGGGACAACAUCCUUCCUUUCGGAAGGUCAUUGACGCGUAUCUGCGAGCCGGUUGAACCUGCUCCGCCAAACACAAUAAACGAAAAUGGUGCGCGCGCGUGGGCAUCACAAGAAAAAGCAAAUGGUCCUGGAAACGAUGCAGUACAGGAAAGUUCCUCAACACGAGGAGAUGUUGUGAUGGAUUCCGUUUCUAUGGAUGAAAGUGCGCUUUCCGAAGUCUCCCGGCUGCUUUAUCGGGCUCUGUGCCUGCGCCAUGAGGCCAGAAAGACUGGAUCAAAAGCCCCAAAGGUAGCAUCCAUUGCGGACUUGCGGCAAUCAUUCUCUUCUAGCAAAAAAGCAGAUGAAGACUGCAAUGGCAGUAAGAACAGCGUGGCUGCUGGUGUUUCUACUGCGAAAGUUCCCGACGAUCAUCAUCCGUUGUUUUUCGUCGCAGGUUGUGUUUUCGCAUCUGGUCGGGUAGUAUUCGCAUCGCAAUGGCAGUCGAUUGAGUACCCUUGUUCUGUUGACGCCGUUUCUCGCUUAGGGGUGUACAUCGAGGAAGAAUAUCCUGAAGAUUUACCGAAAUUUGUCUUGCAGGUGGAUCAAUUUGGUAUAUGUCAUGCGCCGCCAGCGUCCGCCCGGGCAUACUUUGCGGAAAAACCUGGGUUAGAGAACUGCAGAACACUAGUUCAUGAUCCAAGACCCCCACACGCUUUGCGCAAACCUAGAAUGAAGGAUUUGCAUGACUGCGGUGGUUAUGUAAUCGAUUGGCACACACUUGCAUGAUCAUGAUCAUGAAUAGGUGUCAGCUACUAGAGGCCUUAUUUUUCAAUGCUCUGGCUGCAGUUGCAGUUCUGAU